AUGCCUCCUCGGAGGAAGAAGGCCAAGGUCUCACUUCCGGACAUAGUUGGGGGACGCGAUACGGUGCCUGUUCCUUCCAGCAUGUCGGGCGCGCCUGUCCUUGUGACCACCGCGCUCUCCAUCGUAGACGACAUGUUCAGCUUGCGGCAUUGCACAAACAAGUUCAUCCACACUGAGAACUUGAAUGUGCUUGAGCCCACUGGCGGGCUGUACCCUUGGCCUGUCAAGCAUGGUGGCACGUUCAAAGAAGUGGCUCAGCGAGCACACUCGGACUUUGAACAGCUCUUUGACAAGUCUGCGCACUUUGCGAGCCAGUGUGGGCUGCUCGAGUCAACAGAGAAAACUGAUUUCAUGGAUCAGUUCUGCCAUAUUGAGGCUUGGCCGCCCGAGAAGGGCGCAUCCUUCGAGACAUCCGCAUUGAGUUGGUCUUUUGAUGAUGCCUCAUUCUGGAGGGGCCAGGCAGUUGGUAUGAGCGAGGUCAUCAACACUGCCCGCAGCAUCGUUUCAACCAGAUUCCGGGAGGGGGAGAUCCUAUGUGUGCGGAUUCCAUGUCCUCCAUUGAAGGCAGGCAACUUCGCAUGUGGAUCAUUGUUCUUCAGCGAUGGCAGCCAGAAGUGUCUGGCUGCAUUCAUUGUGUGGAUUGCACUGCUUCUAGCCAGCGAGAAGCCAUCAUUGGUGGAGGCAGAUUUCACUCACCCUCAGGUUGUGAAUUUGGUGGCAUCGCUACUUCGCAUUCAAACUGUUUGGAAGGCAUCGGUUGGUCAGGGAGAUGAGUUGGACAAUGUGAUCAGUCGAAUAGUGAAGCAAAACUGCGACGCUCGCAUCCAGCCAGUUUCGAGUUUGACCUGGGCUGCAAUUUUGUCAACAAUGGGGGAGAGCAUCACCCUGGACCAAGCGAUCAAUAGAUACAACGAGCACCCUGAGGCGCAAGCGUUCGAAGCUGAAGGCGGUACCGGCUCUAUCAGCCUUGACGGAAGGAAAAAGCAGGCCGUGAAGAACUUCUUCAACAAGACAAGCUCUGAAGCCUUUGGGAUUUUGGUCUCAACUACGCACGACAUCGCGUGGAACCUGGGGCCGUUCGGAGAAAACUUCGGCUCCAUGCAGUAUGCGUUCAUGGGCAGUUCUGUUCCAUUGGAAUCAGGACCUCCACUGGAAGAUGAUUCUACACCAACGCCUUUGCCUCAUGAACCCAGCAUUUCAAUUGAUUGGUCGCUCCCUAUGACAGAGUCAGCGCAAGUUAUGUUGUUCCAGAGGAUCGUGACACACUGGGAGCGGAUGACGUCCUCCUUUCCGGUGGCUAUGAAAAAAAAAUAUAGAAUGGGAGGUGAGGAGGUGCUCAAGACCCGGAAUAUGCUGGUCCUUGCUAACCAGCUGAUGCCUCAUUUACGUUCAAGAAUGAGUCCGGAAAGCUUUGAAGAAUUCAGAAAGGAUGUGGUGUCCAACAGCAAGCGAGAUGGGGACCUUCACAGCCUUUUGAUGUCGAGACCCUCCCGGUUCUCGAUGUCGAUGUUGGUAUCCGAGCAAGAGAAUGCGAAAAGGGACCAGCUCGAUGCUGAGAAUAAAAAGAUCGAGGAGACUUUAGCCCAGAAAGCAGAUGUGGACGCAGCACAGUGGAGCUAUUUCUGUGGUGCGCUCAAGCGGGAUCAUUCCAAAAUGGAAACGGUCCAGUCUGCUCCCCGCCUUGUCAGGCAGCGACUUCACGCCAAACAGGCUGCCCAAGCCAAAGUCAGUGUCGAUGACGUGCACGUCGUUGGAUAUGCAGACUUCAACGCGCCAGGUGCCCGACAGUCGAGCAAGGCAGACAGCCUUGCACUGGGCGUGUCCCUGUGCAACAGUAUGGGCGAUGGGAAGAAAAAUUGCUGCUUGAUUUUCACACCGGACCUACCGAAGGAGUCAUCCUUGAGGGGGCUUUGGGAUGAAGAGAAGAUGAUCAUGGAGGCGCUUUUUGGAUUGAAGCAAUUGCCAGACUGGCCUUUCAUUGACCUCUACACGAGGGAUGCGCGUGGUGAGGCCAAGUCUACUAUGCGCAGAUGGGGCGCUGGUCGAAUAGUGGUAUCCAAUGAGGUAAAGACGGACAACGUGUGGCUCGAUUCUGAGUUGGCCAUUUGUGGACGGCCAGUCGGCCGGUCCGAAUCUGAGGGUGGUGCGCCCUGCUCUUUGCUUCCUCGCUCCAAUGCACUACUACUCCCAGAGGGCGCAUCUGCAGAGUCAGACAUCAAGCUCGCAGACCGCACACGACCUUCGCCAGAGCAAACUGCUGCUCAAAAAGGACAAGGGCGCCUUCAGAUGAUCCUCGAGAGCCUCUUCAGACACACAUCAGUGCGAGGGCCUGUUCUGAUAGUUAAUUUGACUGGCUAUGUCGAGGAAUUGGCCGCCGCAGUGCUGGCUUUGAGACUUCAGGGAACUUUGAGCGGAGAAGGUGGAGGGUACAAUUGGGAAAACCUGUACUAUUUGAGCCUUCACACAUUGGACUCAAAGAUUGGAGUCCAAUAUGGUCGUACCAGAGUAUCUCGUGAGUUGUUGGAUGGGUGGCUCUCGAAACGAAUAUCGUUUGAUGGAAAGAAAUUCCAAGAUGCUGAUGUGACGCUUACAGAUGAGGAAAUGAAAGAGAUUCCUGGCGCCGAUGCUGUGAAAUCCGUGGACUCCAUGAAGCUCGAAGUUCUGGUGAGGGACGGAACGAAGAUUGUGAUUCAUCCAGACCAGGUGCGCACGUGGAAGUCGAAGGGUGAGAAGUACGAGGCCGAUUUCCUCGAGUUGAGCAAUCAGCAUACUGAGAAGUACGAGGGAAUGCUUGCCAGUGUGAUUCAACAAUCUGCCGCCGGCGCUUCUUCCACUUCAGCAAUGGCCGAGGUGGAUGAUGAACCUCCUCCAGAGGUAGAGGAAGGUCCAGAGCCAGAGCUGGUGUCCUUUGAAUCUUUGGCAAAGCUUGAAGCUGCCGACCCGGUGGCUGUCAGGGUGAGCUCGGAGGUGGCCGGAGUUGAGCUGUUGAAGACAGCGUCCAACAAGUAUGUGCCUCAAGAAGAAGACGGUCCAGGAGUGUCGCUUGCGUGGACUCUGGGGGACAAGACCCUGGUCCAGGUGGACCGCAGCAGCAUCUUGCCGGAGCAAACCCACCAAGAAGUGAUGACGCUCUACAAGUUCUUGACCCUUUUGGAAAGGGUCAAGCGCAUCACCGAAUACAAAAUCAGCUACAGCGAAUGCGCUCGCUCGGGGCAGGGGCCUGCCGAUACUUUCAAUAUUUGCUUGAAGCAUCCUCACAAGUACAAGCCCUUGAAUACUUCUGAGAGGUCCAGCUCAAAGAGCUUUUUCGCAAAGAGCAUUGACGAGAUCGAGAGGUCUUCUGUCGCAGCCAAGGUGUUUCGUUUCCGAUUUGAGAGAGUCACUGGAUGCGUGAAGAUCCAGAAGCCCUAUGUGAUGGUUGUGAAAGGUAUGACCUUGCAGCCUAAUGUGCCGAUCCAGAUUGG